CUUGAUUUCAGUCUUACGUACCCUUAUAAAAAACAUAUAUACCCUUUCUUGGGCAUAUAAAUAAAAUCGGAUUGCUUCUGCCUACAGAACGCUUCGUAAUUGAUUCUUUUGUUUAUAGUAAUUUAUUUAUAAAGUUUGUUUCACCAGAAAAAAUACAAACGCUCAUCUUUAGUUGUUUCUCUUGAAAGCCUUAAGAAAUUUAGUGUCAUCGCUCUUUAUCAGAAACUAUGUUUGCUCGAUUGACGGCUAGAUACAAUGCUCUCUUCAAUAGAGCUCCCAUCAGUACGAUGUGCUUUACUGCUGGUACCCUUGGUGGUCUUUCAGAUGUCCUUGCGCAAGGAAUCACUUAUUAUCAAGCAAAGAAAAAUGCACCUAUAGGCUUAACUGAGGAAAGAGUUCGUUCUUCAGGGAUUCCCAAUUUAGCUCGCAUUCUUCAAUUUGUUUCUUUUGGUUUUGCUAUUUCUCCAUUGCAAUUCAAAUGGCUGAAGCUUCUAUCCACGAAGUUUCCUGUGGAAAAAGGCGUUAGCAAUGUGGUCGUUCGUGUUCUACUAGACCAGGCCAUUUUUGCUCCUUUCGGUACUGCGUUUUUCUAUUCUUGGAUGACAAUAACAGAAAAAGGAAAAGGACUCAAUGAUGUCAGUAACAAGCUGAAGAAUUUGUUUAUCCCAACUCUUAAGGCGAACUAUGUUGUUUGGCCUUUUAUCCAGUCAGUCAACUUUUAUCUGAUGCCAUUGCAAUUCCAAAUGCCUUUUGCUUGCUUAUGUGCUUUGUUUUGGAAUACAUUUCUAAGUCUUAAAAAUGCUGGAUCUGCAGAAAGAGAGCGACAGGAAUAUGAAUUACUUCAAUUAUAAGUUUGAUGGAAUCUUGUCUUUGCCUGAUAUUGGAAAUUCCGUUAGUUUUUACGAAUACCCUUAUAUUAUGAACAGGUUUUGUGUUAUGUUAUCGAUGAAUGCUAUUGAAUAAAUGAACAAAAACGCUAUUACUAUGCAAAAAAUUCCAUAUAGAAUCAUACAUAAACAAAAGAAAAUAAGCAUCAUAAACG